CAGGGCUUUUAUUUUGGUGUGGUGUUGUGACGUCAUAAGGCUGCGCCACGCUAUGAUGGUUCUGUUGUGAAUCGGCUGAAGAAAGGAAAACUCCUGGUUCAUCUGAGAUCUCGUGCCACACUAUUAUAAAGAUGGCGUUUAUUAAAGAGGAGAGUGAAGACAUAAAGAUUGAAGAAGUGUUCAGUGUGAAACAUGAAGAAACUGAAGAACAAACAGACCUGAUGCAGCAGAUAGAGGGCCGUCAAGAACUGGAUGAAUUUGUCCACAUGAGAAUUCACACCGGAGAGAAGCCUUACACCUGCCUACAGUGUGGAAAGAUUUUCAGUAAAAAAAAAAAACUUAAAAUCCACAUGAGAGUUCACACUGGAGAGAAGCCUUACACUUGCCAACAGUGUGGAAAGAGUUUCAGUCAAAAAAGAAACCUUAAAAUCCACAUGAGAGUUCACACCGGAGAGAAGCCUUUCACCUGCCAUCAGUGUGGAAACAGGUUCACUCAAAAAUCAGGCCUUAAUGCCCACAUGAGAAUUCACACUGGAGAGACUCCAUUCACCUGCCAAAAGUGUGGGAACAGUUACAGUCAUAAAUCAAGCCUUAAUGUCCACAUGAAAAUUCACACCAGAGAGAACCCAAGGUUUUCUAAAACCAUGUGUAUACCAGAACCGGCACAAAAUUCUCUUUAUAAAACCCAGCCAGCGGAAGAUUACCUGAUGCAGCUGAAAGAGGAGAGUCAAGAACUGGAGGAAAUGGAAGAGAAAAAUCAGCAUAUGGAAGAUCAUGAUUUCAGAACUGAAGAAAAAUCUUUAAGUUGCUUUAUGACAAAAAAAGUCUCUUCACAAAAAAAACCUCUGAAUACAGAAACUAGAAGUGAUUUCACCUGCCAACAAUGUGGAAAAAGUUUCUCUAGAAAAUCAAGUCUUAAGGGCCACAUAAGAAUUCACACUGGAGAAAAGCCCUUCACCUGCCAACGGUGUGGAAAGAGUUUCACACAUAAAUCAAACUUUUAUCUCCACAUGAGAAUUCACACUGGAGAAAACUCAUUCACCUGCCAACAGUGUGGAAAGAAUUUCAGUCAAAAACGAAACCUUAGUGUCCACAUGAAAGUUCACACUGGAGAGAAGCCUUUCACCUGCCAACAGUGUGGAAAGAGUUUCACUCAAAAAUCAAACCUUAAUGUCCACAUGAGAAUUCACACUGGAGAGACCCCAUUCACCUGCCAACAGUGUGGGAACUGUUACACUCAUAAAUCAAGCCUUAAUGUCCACAUGAAAAUUCACUCUAGAGAGCCAAAUGUGUGGAAGGGGUUUCACUCAAAAAUCAUAUGAACAUAUGAAAGUUCACACUUGAGAGAAACCGUUCACAUGAUCAGUGUGGAAGGAGUUUCAGAUGUAAUGUAACUCCUAAAACCAACAUUAAUUUAAACAAGAGUAAAGGAAGAAACUGGCAGUAGAAUAUCAAUAUCAAAAGCUGUCACAUUUGUCUGUCUUCCCUGAUAAUGUGGUAUCUUCCAUUGUGAAUCAUUGAUUCUCCAAAGUGGGUGGAAGUUCACCUCCUGCAGGUAACGCAGCCCUUCCUUGAGUAAGGGGUGACUGUGCAAGUUUAUAUUUCCAGUGCAGACCUGAUUUCUGAACAGUUAAAAGAACAGUUUUUAUUUUUACAUCAGCAGGACUUCUCCUAGGAAGAACAUGAUUAAGUCAGAGAGUCUCAGUUUGAGAGUGUUGCCAUCAGAUUCCAUCUCAUUUGUUUUAGGAAGUUUGUGCAUUGCUGCAGGAUAUGUUGGAGGUUGGUAUCAUUCAAAAGAGCUGUAGUAUAUGGGCCUCAACAAUAGGUUUGGAAAAAAAGAAAGAUGGUUUUUGUUUAGAUUACAGCAAACUGAACAAGGUAGCACAUAAAGAUGCAUUUCCUCUACCCCAGGGAUGGACAGCUUCAUCUCCUGCAGAGUUUAGCUCCUAUCCUUUAGCUUUCUAAUAAUCCUAAAGAAAUUGAUUAGCUUGUUUAGGUGUUUUUGAUUAGGGUUAAAGCUGAACUCUGCAGGACAAUGGCCCUCCAGGACCGAAGAUCUCUGCUCUGCCCCAUAUAGAAGAGUCACUGACCAUGUUGUCCAAAGCUUUUUUCCUUUUUUUUUUCAACUUUGUAUCUUGCAAGUUAUUGACAGGCCAAUCAUCGGGAUGUUACCAGGACCUAAGACAACAUUUAUUACACCUGAGUUAUAUGAAUUUAAUCAGAUGCCCUUUGGGCUUUGUAAUGCACCAGGGACCUUUCAACAUUUAGCCCUCUGGGGUCGGCAGAGGUGCCAGUGCAAUCACUUGCAUUUUUUCCUAACAAAUAAUACAUAAUUUGAAACUGUAUUUUUAUUUGCAUACACAAUAACAAAACUUUGUGCUUUUUUAAAAUAAAGAAAACAAAUGGUGCUCUUUCUGAUGUCCAUCUGUGAACUUUCUGAAAAGCAUCACAUAAAUGAAGAGAAACUCAACGAAUACUUACUACACAGACAUGAGAGAUGUGUCUUUAGAAAGCUUGAAGUGUCUUCUUUCCCAGGUAUAAAACGCAUACUUGAAUGCACUUGAAAAAUAUAUAUAUACAAUUGUGUUAAAUACAAUCAAGUACAUUUGUAGAACAUUCUUAUUUUUUGUACUAAAUAAAAUUGUAAAAUUUAUACACUAUAAACACUAAUUAAAAGUAUAUAUCUACUUCACUUGUACUUCAGUGCACUUGAAUAAGUAUACUAAAUACCACUAUGCUUUAUUUCGGUUUGCUUUUCCACUGUAGUUUAGUUGCGGCACCUCUACUGCCAUGGAUCCGCUCCUUGUCUACUGACCACAAUACAGCCUUUUUUUUUUUCAAGUUUGCGUGCGAAAGUCAUUUAAGUAUAGUAUGGAAGUGUACUGAAAUAAGGUGUAUUUUAGUGCACUUUUUCCCCCUGGGUUUAAAUUGUCAUAUUGAAAACAAAUAUUUCCUGUUUAUGUAAUCUAUAUGAAACCAACGAGAGGUACAAUCUUUCCAUCUGAGCUCAUUAUUUUUAAUGUGGCCACACCCACGCUAUACACGGUAAUCAUCCACGUGAGCCAUUUGAACCUGUAAAUGAUCCUAUCACCUGGAUAAACAAAGCAUCAAGCUUCAUCAGAUUCCUCUGCUUUUUAUUGAGUUUGAAAGAAGACUCGCUCUGAGGAAUAAGCCUUAAAUUUAUAUUAGUUAACGUGUUAUUGUUAUAUAAACUUUUACACAUUUAACUAGUUGAACUGUUGGCAUACAAUAGUAGUAAUAUUUAAGAAUAUCUGCUUAAACUUAGAUGUUUAUUAUGUGUUAAAAAGUUAUAUGUUAUAUAGGUAUACGUAGAAUUAUAUAUAGGUUAUACGAUUAAAUAUUUCUUUUUGAUAUAUGAACUAUUUGUUCAUAUAUGUUUACAUAUGUAGCACCAUGCUCCAGUGAAUUUGAUUAGAUUGUGCACUAUAUUGUAAAUUAACUCCAAAACAAAACACUAUCUUUUAAUCUCCUCACAUUCUUUCUUCAGGCUGCCUUACACCAUUCCACCUUGAUGGUUAAUUUGGGUAGGGUUAGAAAGGGGCCUUUGUCUUCCCAGGUGUGUUACAUCAAUAUUCAGGGUCAUACAGCCUUUCUAACACAAUACAUGUUUCACAAAAGUACAAAUAUAUAUAAUGAAUAUAUUGUUUUUGUGAAUGAGUGGACAGGGUGAUUUUCACACAAUUUUGUAAUAAUUCCUUACAUUUAUAAUUCCUUAUAGUAUAUUCCUUAUAUUUGCAGUAUAAAUCCUAGGGUACAAGAUCCAGUUCUCAGAAGUCUAGUGAACAAAUAUUCAGAAUGGGUUUUAUGGCCUUAUUUUGGUGAGAAAAAAGAGAAAAGUUACUAACCACUCAUAAUCUUCACUUUUAAAAAAUGCAAAUGGAAACACCUCAAGACACUUUUGCUUGGCCAAUCAAAGAAGGUCUUGCGGAGAGCUAUAUUUUUUUAAGGGAAUUGACACCAGCAUGUGAGCAGACAUUCUUUCGACUGAAGACACUGCAACAAGCACCUGUCUUGGCUUUUGCAGUUAAUUCCUUAUACAGAUUGGAGUAAUCAUGCGUUGCAGGAUGGUAGCAAAAGAGUUAUAGCCUAUGCUAGUUGAAACCUACAUUCUUCUGAGUAGAGCUGUCAAAAUUAGUCUGUUUAAACUUACGUUGUUGGCCUUAAAAUGGGCCAUUACAUAAAAUUUUCAUAAGUUCUUGUUAGGUGCAGAAUUUACAGUUAAUACUAAUCCUCUUUCUCAUCUUUAGAGAGUUCUUCUUGGAAGUCUUGAACAGCGCUAGAAUUUGUGGUUAGCUAGUUAUCACCUCCAAAUUAAACACUAUGCUGGAAAGUCUAACACCAAUGUGGAUGCCCUCAAGCAUGCCAGUAGGGGUUUGGGAGCUAGUUGAUGAGCUGGAUGGAGGUGUGUGCCUGGCGAAAAAUGCUUUUCACUGACGAAUUGUGAUUUUGUGUCACCAGGGGUGAUGGAUGAAUGGUGUUUUUUGUCAAAGGAAUGAGCAUUACACUGAGGCCUGUACUCUGGAGUGGGAUCAUUUGGAGGUAAGGGUUCGUCAUGGAGCUUGUUGUCAUUGCAGGUAAUCGCAAUGCUGUGUGUUACAGGGAAGACAUCCUCCUCUCUCAUGUGGUACCCUUCCUGCAGGCUUAUCCUGGCAUGACUAUGACUAUGACAAGCCAUACUGCUUGUUCUGUGUGUGGUUUCUUGCAAGACAGGAAUGUCAGUGUUCUACCAUGGCCAGUGAAAAGCCUGGGACUAAGUACCAAUGAGCAUGUCUUGGAUCUAAUCUUUUUUCUAAUCUAAUCUUGUUUUGUGAUAUAAUAUGAUUUCAGAAUCCUUUUUUUCCUUUUGAACAACCCAUUUUCAAGAUUUGAUCCAAUUUAAUAGGACCAAUCCGAUUUUGAACAACCGGCAGAACUCAGAAUUAUAAAUACUGUACCUAUGCUGUGGGACUGGGUUUAUCUAAUGCAGUGUGAAUGUUGCUGGGGUUUUUUUUUGUGUGUGUGACAGAAUAAUUUUCAAAUAGCUGCUUUAGUUUAGAGGUGAACCAGGCACUGGUUUGCAGGAAUUGUAAGAGGCUCAGUGCUGAACACCAGUGCAGAACUUAUCAAAUCGGGAUUGAUUGGAUAAGGGGAAAAGGCAAGGGGAAAUGUGGCACAAAACACAGAAAAAUAUCACCACGCUGAGUCACAUGGUUUAAAGGUGGAUUUAACCAUCCCGUCUCAUUAGAUUUCUGGCCUCUGACAGAUAUAAUGAGGCGUUGUACCAAAAAGUCCACAGACCCUGAAGGUAUCUCUGCUUUAUUGCUAAAAUGUUGUUUAGAGUAAUUUACUGCUGCAUGGCAUCCUAUUUUUCAACAAUCAGUGGACUCUCAUAUUAUACCUGCUCUCUGGAAAAAGCAGUUGUUCCAUUACCAAAGAAACCAGGUUUGAGUGAGAACACGUAGUAGUAUGGGUUCUCAAUUCUGGCCCUCAAAGUCCACUUUCCUGUAGAGUUUAGCCCCAACCCUGAUCAGACUCACCUGCUUGUAAUUUUCUAGUUAUCCUGAAGACUUUAAUUAGCUUGUUCGGGUGUGUUUGAUUAGGGUUAGAGCAAAACUCUGCAAGACUGCUUAUCUCAAUAGCCACAGUUCAGAAUCCAUAGGGUAUAACAUUACGAGAGAGAGCGUGUGAUUAAUUGUGUCUGUUAUAACUUCCAUUCUCUGGUCAGUAUUUCUCAAACCUGUCCUAGCCCUGCACAUUUUGUAGGUCUCCUUUUAUCAGACACAAACAUUUCAGGUCUUGAAGUCUACUAACGUGCUCAUGAGUUGACUCAGGGGUGAUAGAUGAGGGAGACGUACAAAAUGUGCAGGGCUGGUGGUACUCCAGGGAUGUGCUUCCCAAAGCCAACUAUGGUCGCAAGUUCUGUCAUAACCAAUAGAGUUCAAUGUAACUUGCGACUAUAGUUGGCUAACAACCACCCCUGGACAGGUUUGAGAAUCACUGCUCUAGGUCAUUUCAUAAAUUAGUGAAAAUCAGUUUGCAUUCAUGUGUGCUGAUGAAAGAGAUAUAUUUCUUGUAUAUCCUUUCAAGACUUAAGGGGAUUUCACGUCAUUUCAGUGUUGGCCAUUGCCAGUAUCUAUGAAAUAAAGUGUCAAAUUUAAUUUAACACAACCCCAUGCUGCAUUGCAAUGUUGGUUUAGCCUUGUAAGGUGGUGUGUAAUGUUAAAAAUUAUCUCCUUAUGCAUAACAAUGUGACUGCAUUGAAGUCACCGAAAAAUCAGCAACACUAAUACAUAGACGUUUCUUAAUACCAAGUAUUUAUACAAAAUAUUUUUAUUAAACAGUAAUAUUUAAUGAACAAAAAUAGCCAUUAUAUAAGAUAUUUGUACAAUAGAAAAUAUACAUGUAAACAAUUCAGUCAAAAGUAGGCAACAAAGGCAGUGGCACUUGUAUGACAUUUCAGUUAAAUAAAAUAUAAAAUUAUAAAACUUAAUUUUGACCUCAGUCAAAAUAAUUUUCCCAGGAACAAAUAAUAGAUUGAUGAGACCAAAGAUUGGCUGUUGUAUCCAAAAAGAAUUAUAUCUCAUGUUUAACCACAGCAGAUACAUCAGA